ACGGAACUGAAGAAUAUGGUUGUUAUAAGAUCUUUUUGUCUGCUCCUGUUAACUGGACUGUCACAUGGCAAAGGCGACGGGACGGGCGCUAGUUUACAAAUACUCGCUCGGCUAUCAUUCCCUACAGUAGAGACGAGGGCGUACAAUUUACCACCGACGUCAGAGGUAGACCCGAAACACAGCUAUGCAGAUGAAAAAUUUGAGAAGCUCAAGGUGUAUUACAGUUACAUGAAUGGACGCAUACGCGAACCUCACAAUCCGGCAGAACGUGCUGAAAUCCUGCAAAGCGCCGAACAGAAACUUUUCGACUUUAUUGAUUCCCAUAUCAAAGACCUGAAGCGGCUACUCUUUGCUACCGAUAGCGCGCUCAUGUCGAUGGUACUACUUAAGCUGAACAAGAAGAUGGACACAAGCGAAGCCAAGAUCAAGUCUACACAGGCAAAAAUACCAUUCGGCUUGUAUACCAGCCCGGAGUUCAAAUGCCUAGGCACAUCCUACUACAUCGCCUCAGCGCACAGUCAAGAGGACGCGCAGAUGAUUCUCGCUAGCGAACGCAAACCACACUGCUACACCUUUAGAGGUGCCUUCGCCUUCCAAGGUUUCUACCACCGCCACUCAGAGACGACGUACGUAGGACCCCAUGCAGAACAGUUCCAAGCCAAAGACCCGAGCCAAGGACUCUACUGCCAUUCCGAUGAUAACUGGAGUGACGCCCAGUGCAUUUACAAGAUCAACCCUCGUGAGGAAUUUCCCGAGUCUGUAGAGUACGAACCGAAGAUCUCCUACUGGUGCGGCCCCUACCGCUACUUCAUUCCUGCCACCACCGACGUACGAUGCAUCUUCUCCAUAUUCUCAAUGAACUUCGUGCUGCGUUUCGGCUACGACGCAGUCACCUAUAAGAGCUCGGACCUCUCUUUCAUGUACCAGAACGGACAAGUGUUUUAUACAGACGAACCAUGGGCCGGCAUGUCUUGCUGGAACUGGGCCUGCAAAUGGCGCCAUAACCAAAACCAGCGUGGCAACGAAUUUUUCGUCAAUUGACAUUAGACAUUCAAUAAUAAAUUGUUUUUAAC